AUGCCACCGGUUCGCACAGAGAAGAAGAACAGCUCAACGAAAGCUACUCCUUCCGGCGGUCUCGCAGCCUUCGGCUUCAGACCUGCCCCGAAAGAGGAGGUCAUAGCCGCAGCGGCCCGGGCAAAGCCUCCAGUUGUAUCACGAUCCGCUGCAGACCUAGUAGCGCAAGAAGUGCCGAAGCCAAAACCUCGUCUUCCCAAGCCUCUCGUUAAAGGAGUAAAACACGCCUCCUUCGGAGACUCCAGAUGCGACUGGGACGACAAGUACCACAAGAUUAUUGGGACGUCGACACGGAAGAUCACUUUUGGAAGCGCCUUUGAGCUGACAGACAAACACAUCGACGACAUCCUCUUCCUGGGUCCUAAAGUCUGCGACACACUAACGGAAAUCCAUCUCACCUACGUGGAUGUUGACUACAACGCUCACAACGAAUGUCUUGUGACGGACGAGAGUAUCAAGCUUCUUGCUAAGGCUUGCAGAAACCUAAAGAAGAUCUCUCUACCCGGGUCUAGGAGUUCCAAGCUUGGUGAUCAAGGCUUGAUCCAUCUCAUUUCGUUCUGUCAGAACCUCACCCAUCUGGAGUUUUCCGGUUCUGGCGUUACCGAAGUCACUUUCGAGCAAUGGAUUGCUCACCCAGAUUGGGCGCCGAAUUUGAAGAAACUACGCCUCAACGACCUCUCUUACAAUAGAAAACCCAUGCGUGCGUUGCGAGAGUUUGGAAGGACGCGACCGACACUACCCAUCGAGCUGGUUACCCGUUCACAAUUCAAGAAGUGGGAUACGUGGUAUCUAGAGACCAGUCACGAUACGUACAAGAACGGGAGAAAGGUGUCUUCUAGUCUCCCUACUGUUACUUGA